AUGCGUAACAAUAUUAUAUCAUAUCCCGCGCAAAACUUCCAUUCUUAUAUCAAUGUCAUUCCUGCGUCCCUAAGCGACAGGCACGAUACCAAUACUUGUCAUACUUCAUUGGUAAUGGCUACUUUCAGCGACAAGAGACAGUUUCUAGGGGGACAACUUUUUGGAUCGACAUAUAUCCCCAGAGGCGCAGACUUCUCUGGCAAGACUGUCGUAAUAACAGGCGCCAACGCAGGAAUUGGAUUCGAAUGUGCGAAGCACCUAGCUCGUCUUAAUGUCGCUACACUUAUCCUCGGAUGUCGCAGCCUCCAGAAAGGCAACAUGGCCAAAGAUCUCAUUGCCCGUUCUGUUGUGGAUCGUAAGACAACGGCAAUCGAGGUUUGGGAGCUUGACCUCGCCGACUAUCGAUCGGUACUCUCAUUCGCUGAGCGCGUCCGGACGACGCUUCCGCGCCUCGACGCACUGAUUGCCAACGCCGGAGUGAGGCUGAUGGAGUUCACGCUGGCCCAGGGUAUCGAGACGACAAUCACCGUGAACGUGGUUUCGAACAUGCUGCUCAACCUCGGAGUACUCCCUAAGCUCCGCGAAACGUCGGCAAAACAUGGCGUUACCACCACACUCACGAUCGUUGGCUCCAUGAUGCACAUCUUCGGCCCACCAGAGAGCAUGGCGCCUCCGCCGCCAGAGGGCAAGGGAAUCGACACGUUUGACUUGUUGAGUGAUCCUGCAACUGCGGACAUGGGUCCACGGUACUCGCUCAGCAAGACUUUGAUCCACGCAGUGUCGUUGCACCUGGCGACGGCGGCACCGAGGCCAGCAAAGCACGAGCAAGUCGUUGUCAACUGGGUAAACCCGGGGUGGUGUGCGAGUGAGCUGGACCGUCACAAGCAGGCGCCACCUCUGAUACAACGUGUAAUGUUUGCUGUAAUGGGGAGGACGGCGGAGCAGGGCAGCCGAACGCUAGUACAUGCGGUGCUUGCUGGGAAGCAGACGCACGGCUGCUAUCUGUCAGAAUGCCGACCGAAGCCUGAGUCUGAGUUCUUGCGCAGUGAAAAAGGCGUCGAGGUGCGAAAAAGACUCUGGCGAGAGUUGAUGGUGAGAAUCAAGAGAAUAUCACCCGAAACAGCAGGUUUCGUUGAGUGA